UCUCUGCAACUUCCGCCGAACAUUUCUUUGUCCUCGCAACAAAAACCGACAACACAGUCUGAUUCCUCCUCCAUCGUCUCUCCAUCUCCAUCUCCAUCUCUCUCCGUUUUCCUCUCCAAUAUCACUUCCUCUGCAAUUCCUAGGUUAGGAUUAGGGUUUGCGAGAUGGGGCAACAGUCUUUGAUCUAUAGCUUCGUCGCUCGAGGAACAGUGGUCCUCGCUGAAUACACCGAGUUCACAGGGAAUUUCACCAGCAUCGCUGCUCAGUGCCUUCAAAAGCUUCCUGCUACCAACAAUAAGUUCACCUACAACUGCGAUAGCCACACCUUCAAUUAUCUUGUUGAAAACGGUUUCACCUACUGUGUGGUGGCAGUUGAGUCUGUUGGAAGACAAAUCCCCGUUGCCUUUCUGGAACGAGUUAAGGAUGAUUUUAACAAGAGAUAUGGAGGAGGGAAAGCUGCAACUGCUGUAGCCAACAGUCUUAACAAGGAGUUUGGGCCAAAAUUGAAGGAACACAUGCAGUACUGUGUUGAUCACCCAGAGGAGGUCGGCAAACUAGCAAAAGUGAAGGCUCAGGUGUCAGAAGUCAAGGAAGUGAUGAUGGAAAAUAUUGAGAAGGUUCUUGACCGAGGUGAGAAAAUAGAGCUUCUGGUGGACAAAACAGAGAAUCUUAAGUCACAGGCACAAGAUUUCCGGCAACAGGGGACCAAGAUGAGGAGGAAGAUGUGGCUGCAGAAUAUGAAGAUAAAGCUUAUAGUUUUGGGUAUUAUAAUUGCUCUGAUUCUCAUCAUAGUCUUGUCCAUUUGCCAUGGCUUCAAUUGCUGAUGAAGAACGUUUUCUCUGUUUCUCUUCCUAUACUCGUGCUUUUGAUUAGAAUUGUCAUACUGGAGGAUUGUUCCUUGUCUUUAGUUCUAAUGUUUCCCUUUGUCAAUGAAUUUUUCCCUUUUACCUUUUGGUCUUCUUUCCCCACCAUUUUGGUUAUCCACCCCUUUUACUUGUCGCCUAGCAUUUUGGGGGGUGGGAAUGGUUUGUAUUACGCUGCGUGUAUAGAUUGUACGCAUGAAUUCUUUAUAUGUGAGUAGAAGAGUCUCUUGUUUCUGGAAGUUCAAGCUUUUACCUGUUUGGAGAAUUUGUUGGAAGUUGGAACUAUAACUAUAUUGUUACCAUAACACCAGGUAUUGCAAUGCUAAUUUUCAGCCAUUGGGGUUUGUUAUCCAA